UAAUAACAGCCCGGCGGCCUCUCCCGUCUCUCUCUCUCUCACACACACACACAGACAUACAUACUAAUUACUAAUUAGUACAUAUGGAAGCGGAAACAGUGUCAAAAAAAUGGGAAGGGAAGGUCUCUGCUGGGCUACCAAUCCCAACAACAGCAGCACAGGUGUGGCCUUUCUUGGAGGACUUUUGCAACCUACACAAAUGGCUUCCUAGUGUUGACACGUGCUAUCAAGUAGAUGGGAUCUCUGGCCAGCCUGGAAUGAUCCGUUACUGCGCCGCCACAAUAACAGCGUCGUCCACAUCCAGCGGCCGUGAUGAGACGAUGAUCAAAUGGGCCAAAGAGAAGCUACUUACGAUUGAUCCCAUCAAACGCUGCUUGAGCUAUGAGGUCUUAGAUAAUAACGUCGGCUUGAAGUCAUACGUGGCAACAAUGAUAGUUUUGCCAAUCGACGGUGAUGGCAUACAUGGGUGCAAGAUCGAGUGGUCAUUCGUCAGUGAUCCGAUUGAAGGGUGGAGACUUGAAGAUUGGGUCUCUUUUCUGGAGCCUAGCCUCCAGUCCAUGGCAAAGAAUAUACAAGAUGCCCUCCUCCUCCUUUGAAGUUUUCGUUUAAUUUCAACUACCUGCUCGAUCCAUCUAUUCUAUGAUCACUUACUUGCUUAUAUAGUUUCCAAGUUGGUUAAUGUUUGUUCAAAGGAAUUCGACUCUUUGUUUGAUUAUCUAAUCUUCUCCUUUAAAUAAAUGAUUGGUGAUUUGUUGUUGGAGUCUUAA